AUGUUAGAUAGUUUUACAAUUUUAACAAAGGGUGGAAUUGUUUUAUGGUCAAAGGAAUUUGCCAAGAUUAAAGGUUCACCAAUUAACACAUUAAUUAAAAAAGUUUUACUCGAGGAAAGAAGCGCAGAUACAUCCUUUCAAAUUGAUAGUUAUUCAUUAAAAUGGACAUUUGCAAAUGAAUUCGAUUUAAUUUUUAUUGUAUAUACGUUGAUUUCAAUUAAAAACUCUGCAGAUUUUAUUAUGGUCGAUAAAUUUCAAGACUUUGACUUUGAAGUUAUUUUAGAAGAGGUCGAGAAUAAAUCAAAGUUACAACAAAAAUCAGUGUCAGCACCAAAGAAAUAUGAAGAUACAGAUAAAGGCAAAUUAACAGGUGAUAUUAAAAAAGAAAAAGCAAUUAAAGAAGGCAGGGUAGACAGGUUAAAGCAAAAAGAAAAGAAAAAACAAGAAAAAUCAGAAAAGAAAAAGUUAAACAGAUUAAAUAAAGAGGGUGCUGAUGAAGAGGAUAGCAGCGACGAUAGUGAAAGCAGCGAUGAUGAAAGCAGUGAUAGAAAUACAAUUAAUGCAGCAGUUAAAAAAUCACCAGGUGCUUAUAAACCAAAGAACAAGAACACACCAGACAAGCAAGGAAAUAAGAAACAAGCUAGAAAGUGGGACGAUGGUAAGCUUUCAAAAGAGGAGUUGGAGUCAUUAAACAAGUCUGAAUCAACACCAACUAAACAGAUAGUUAAGGAAAAGAUUCAAAAAUUCAAUAUCGAUAUGGAGGUAUCAUCAGACGAAGAGGAUAAACCAGCCAGUGGUUUUAUGAAGUACUUUAAUGUAUUAACAGGUAACAGAGUAAUUGAUAAGGCUGAUCUUGUACCAAUUCUCGAUAACUUCAAAACCCAUUUAACAAAGAAAAAUGUAGCAGCCGAUAUCGCAGAUAAAUUGGUUGAAUCCAUUGGUACAGGUUUAGAAGGAAAGAAGCUCAGUACUUUCCAAGGUGUUAGUGGUGUAGUAAAACAACAAAUGGAAGAAACUAUAACAAGAAUCCUUACACCAAAAAGAAACAUUGAUAUCCUCAGAGAAGUCCAAGCUGUUAAAGGUAAAAGGCCAUAUACCAUAGUAUUUAGCGGUGUAAAUGGUGUUGGUAAAAGUACAAAUUUGGCAAAGAUUUGUUAUUGGUUAACUGCUAAUGGUUAUAGAUGUAUGUUGGCUGCUUGUGAUACUUUCAGAUCUGGUGCUAUUGAACAAUUAAAAACUCAUGCCGAUCGUCUUGGUGUUCCUCUCUACGAACGUGGUUAUAGUAAAGAUGCCGCAAAUGUCGCUGCUGAUGCUAUUGCUGAAGCCAAGGAUAUGGGUAUCGAUGUCGUUUUAAUUGAUACUACUGGUCGUAUGCAAAAUAAUGAACCUUUAAUGAAGGCUCUCUCCAAAUUGGUCAAUCAAAAUAAUGCAGAUUUAGUUUUAUUCGUUGGUGAGGCUCUUGUAGGUAAUGAUGGUGUUGAUCAAUUAACCAAAUUCGACAAAUCCCUCUCUUUACUCUCAUCUACCACAUCCUCAAAAAUUCGUACUAUUGAUGGUAUCAUUUUAACCAAAUUCGAUACUAUUGACGAUAAAGUUGGUGCAGCAAUUUCAAUGGUUUAUUCAACCGGUCAUCCAAUCUUAUUUUUGGGUACAGGCCAAAAUUAUACAGAUUUAAAGAGAAUGAAUAUUAAAUCAGUUGUCAAAUCAUUAUUAAAUUAAUAAAAUUUAUCAAAAUAUAAUAAAAAAAUUAAUAAAAAAAUAUUUUUAUUCUCGCUGAUCAAUGAUUAAUGAUCAGCGAUAUUUUUAAUAUU